AUUCAUCGAGAUCCGUUUCUGAGAGGCACCAGAUAUUCCCCACGGCGGCGGUCCAGGAAAUCCAGGACAAUGGCUUCCACCACCACCAGCAGCAGAAAGCACUCGGCUUCCAGCAACUUCCGCGGCCUCCCUGUGAGGAGCCGAUCCAGACGAAGUUUUGCAGCGACUCGGGUAACAUUUCGCGUCUUUGUCGCAUUUAACCUCUCUUGUGCAGAUUGCAAGAAAGAUCUCAGUAACAUGCAGAUCAAACGCGCAGGAAAAUUAAGUACGCGACCAGUCCGGAAGGGAACCGCCACAUCGUCGUCAGGACUGCUCCAAAUCGCUGCGGAGUUUCAUGGCGAGAUGCAUCAACGACAAGAAUCGCUGAGCGAGCCUACACAUGAAGCAGAAAAAUUUAUCAAGGAAGACGUCGAGCUCCUGCGAAUGUCUCUCAGUAAAGUACAGCAGCUACAACAAAAUGUGGAGUUUCGAAGCCAUCAUCGAGCGAGCCUUUACAUGAAGCCAAAAAAUCUAUCAAGGAAGACAGAGAGCUCCUGCGAAGGUCGGGUCCCGUGCUGGAAUUGUAACUUCCUUUCGUUGUCUCUCUCUCGGUGAAGUGCAGCUGAAAGGAAAACUGGAUGAUCUGGAGACUCAAGUUUGUAAGGAAUACGAACUCCGACAUAUGACGCUUGGAAAUAUACACUCUUAUGUAAACUUUCAAACUUUCGAAUAUUCUC